AUGUUCCAGUCAAAACCCUACUCGGCCGUCACCGCCACCAUCGAGAACCUCACCGCCGAGGACUUUUCCGAGGACGACCUGUCGGGCAUCGUCGAGCUCAUCGAGGCCAUCAAGCUGCAGGCGUCCGGCCCGACCGAGGCCGCGCGCGCCAUCCGCAAGAAGCUCAAGUACGGCAACGUGCACCGGCAGGUGCGCGCGCUGGCGCUCCUCGACGGGCUGAUCCAGAACGCGGGGCCGCGCUUCCAGCGCACGUUUGCGGACGAGCCGCUGCUGGAGCGCCUGCGCGUGUGCGGCUCGAGCGAGCUGUCCGACGCCGUGGUCAGGAGCAAGUGCCGCGAGCUGUUCCGCGAGUGGGCGCAGUACGCAAAGACGCCGGGGCUGGAGAGGAUCGCGCGUCUGCACAAGGAACUGCCGAAACGUAAAGUCGGCGUCACCCAAGAACGAUCCAAAGUCAUCCGCGAGACCGAAGACAACCCCUUUGGCGACGACGAGGAAGAAGAAGCCACACGCCGCGCCGCCGCCGCCGCCGCCGCCGCCUCAUCGUCUUCGGGCCCAUCACACAAACCCUCGGGCUCAGCAUCUCUACCUAGCGGCAGCAGCUUCCUGUCCUCCCUCGGCAAAGACUCCUCCUCCAGCAAAAAGUCAUCCAAGAAGAGCAGCGGCGGCAAGCGGCGGCCGUUCAACCUCGAGGCCGAAAAGGAGCAGAUGAAGACGGUCAUUGCCGAGUCGUCGCUCGCGAGCGUCGACCUGCUCAACGCGCUGCAGAGCAUCAACCGCGAGAGGGAGCGCAUCUCGGCCAACCACACGGUCGUGCAACGCUUCGAGACGUGCAAGCAGCUGCGGAGGCGCGUGCUGCGUUAUAUUCACCACGUCGAACACGAGCAGUGGCUCGGCGGCCUGCUGCACGCCAACGACGAGCUCGUCCACGCGCUCAUGACGUACGAGCAGCUCGACCAGUCCAUCGACGCCGACAGCGACUCGGACGACGAGAUCGCCGAGCAGGCGCACCUCUACAGAAUGGUUGCCGCGCAAAAAGCAAAAGACCCAACACACGAGACCCCCGCGGCGGACAGGCUCGCCCUCAACGAGCCGGGGCCCGCGACCGCCCACGCUCCCCCGUCCCGGCUGGACAGGGCGCCGCAGCAUCGUCGGCCGCCGGUCGUCGCGCCGGGGGACGACCUGGAGAGCGCGUCGGAGGAUGACGACGAGGAGGAGGAUGCGGACGACCCGUUUGCGGAUAGAAACUUUGUGGGCACGCCGGCGGCGGAAAGGCACGAGCCGCGAUGGUGA